AUGGCGGAGUCCUCAGUCGGUACUUUUCCCACCCAAGAUCUUCAGAGCACCCCAACUGCUACAGAAACUUUCUCAACCUUUAAACCUUUCCCACGCUUACCCACGAAGUUACGACUCGAAAUCUGGAAGAUAAAAGACUACAAACAUCCUGUCACUGGUGACCCAAACCUCGAGGGCCACGACUACGACUAUGAAGGCAUUGGGUAUGUCACUAUGAGAGCCCUGGAGAGCCCAUGGGGUGAACCCGCCAAUUCACUAUCUCCUGUCAAGCACGUUAACAAGUCAGCCUAUCUCUGGGACGCAGGUCUUUGGCUGGCCUGCAAAGAAUCCCGUGAAGUGGUAUCAAAGCAUCUAAAUUUGAAGGAAUGGCUUGCGUGUCGACAACAGCCCCUCCCAAGAGGCGAGUCCGCAUGGUACGACAAAUCUUUCCCCUCGGCUAUUGUUCUUCAGAACAAGAGCGAGAAACGGUGCCCGUUAGUGAAGCCGUAUAGUGAUAUGUUCUGCAUUGACACCUCCAAUCUCGAAUCAGUCCCUGCGUGUUCUCUCGACAUGAUGCUGUUGGCCCCUUUCUUUGGCACCAAGAAGUUCACAGUUAUUGGAAGUUGGAACAUUGCUUUCAAGUUCGACCGCAGCUGGAACGCCAGCUUUCCUUCUAGCUGGUCCGAUUUGAUGAAACGAGAAGACUCUAUGCGAAGCCGGCUAGCGACGUCCCUCUAUUACCAGGAGAUGGCGGUUUCUACUACACCAUCCCUUUGGCUCAUCGACGAUGACGUUCACUGGGUUGCACGAUAUCGCCAGAGGUGUUCCACUGUGUGGCGCGACCUUGAACACGAAUAUGUCGAGAUCGACUGGGAUGAAACUCGCAGCAACAUGGUUGAUGGAACUCAGGGUGCUGUAACCGAUUUCCUGGUUGCCCUUGAACAACUUGCUAACAAUGACCCUUACUUCUACGGCUUGGUCUUUCUAUUAGUCAGACUUCUUGUUCGAAGAGAGAAUCAGCUGCCGGGGUUUAUUGACGAAGGCGUUCAGAGUAGCGAUGAAGAUGGAGAGGAUAGUGACGACGGAAGUAACGACGGAAGUGACGACGGAAGCGAUGAUGAGAAUGAUGGGGCCAACACCAGUGGGGAAGGAGAAGAGUAA